UCGAGGUUCUUAAGUAUCCUAUAUUAUUAGACUCUCACCCACUCGAUCUGGACUUUGCAGUCCGUCAGUGAAACCCUAUCGCUUGGCUGCCAGCGGGCAGUAACCUCUUACCGUUACCCAUUGCCAUUCGGUAACAACUCAUUACUCGCGACUAAGUCACUACGACUCGCUCUUUAAAGCCGACAAUUCUCUCUCUAUUCUUCCUUCAGUAGCGGCAUCUUUGACAAUGAGCGGAAGCGGUGGUUUCUACAAGUACCGGUGCAAGUACUUCUAUACUCACAACUGCCCUAAUUGGGUAUAUGUGAAUAAUUCCCCCUGUGCAAACUGUUGCGCGGAGGGACGAGACGUCGACGGAGUAGCCUCAGAAAUGAGUCUCCCGAGGCCCUCGCAUGAUAUUUGCGUUCCACGGUUUGAAGACGGCGUCGUCCACUACACUUUGAUGGAGCUUGUCAACACGAACGAGUCCCCAAGCCAAUGGAUUCUGAGAUACAAAGUCAAUCAAACUCAGGUUCCUACAGUGAUGACCACCAGUGCCACUCCUGGCGCCCCGAUUCCAGCAACAAGCUAUUAAAAGAGGAAGACGUCUAUAUAAUCGAUGACGGCAAAGUCAUACACAUGACCGAAUGCUAGUAAUACCUAAUCGUAUGGGACCUUUCUAGUAAUUUCCAGGGAUCAUUGAGGAUAGUGGAUUAAUGGCACUGGGGGAUGAAUAUCCAAAGCCGGGAUUGUGGGGCGCAGCUACCCAGCAGCCCCAGAUUCUAAUAAUGAACUGACGAUCGCAUGGCGGAAGCGGCGGCGGCGGCUACUACAAAAUCCGACUAUGGUUAGCUUCACUGGGACAGAUGGCGAAUUGUGACGGUUUCGACAGAUGAUAGAAAACAUUCUAGGUGACCAAAGAUUGCGCCGAGUUCGGUCCUUACAGCGAAAGAGCACGUAUUUGGGCAGUAAUGGUGUUACUUUUGAGGUUUAGCACGGGCGAGGGUUAAUGAUUAAUAUGGUAUUAGUUUGAAUCAUCU